AUGGAAGCUGACCAGGACUUAAAAAGAAAUCAAAGCUUAUUAAAUACACAGAUUCGUUCUCCAUCUUCCUAUCUACUGUCAACACCAGUCACAUCCAGUACAAAUGAUUCCAUAUCUACAGAUCAGAUUGCAGCCACUACCGCCAUUUCAACGUCACCUUCAACCGUGACAUCAAACACAACUGGAAAAUCAAUGUAUACACUUGGGAAAGAAAUUGAAAUUGAAUUAGGAAGGGGUGUUUCCGAAGAAGAUACAUUAUUAGCAAGAAGUGAUAAAAAUGCCAUCGAUUUUGCAUUCGAUUACAGUAAACUAUGGUGUAAGACGUGUAAAGAUCUUGUCUUGACUUUGGAAAAACGAGCAGCUGCCGAGAAUGACUGCACGCGCGCAAUUAUGAAACAGUUCCAGAUUUUAGAAUCGAACACUAACAGCAUGAAUGGUGCACCGUUCAAGAGACAGACUAUCAAUUUAUCUCGCACAAUGACUGAUCACUGUAAGGAAAUAGAAGCCAACAAUUCGAAGAGAUGCAGAGAGUUAUUAGAAGUAUUAACUCGUCAACGUACUCUUUUCGAUAAAACAAGGAAAUUUCUUAAAGACAAGUGGAAAGGAGAUGUUAAGCGCAUGCUUGAUGCAGAAAAUAGUUUGUUCAAAACAAAAUCAGCUUAUUACCAACGUUGUCAAGCUGGGGUGAAGUUGCGUGAAGAACUAGCAUCUGCACAAAAUUUUCUCAAUGAAUUAUCAGCGUCGCUUAAUCAGACAUCAUCCAGUUCUUUCUCUGGCGCAUCACCAUCCACGUCAUCACUCACAACGACACCAACAAGUGCUUCAGGUACAUCAGGUACUGGUGGCAGUACACAUUUAUCAAACUCGAACUUAACAGUUGGAAGCAAUGCAAAUCUGGCACAAGAUUCAAAUGAACCUUCGUCGGGAGAUUCUAGUACUUUUACCGCCUCUUCUUCAUCUUCCUCUUCAAACCAAGUCGCUAAACAACGAGCAAAAGUUGAACGGCUGGAAAAACAGUUGAGCGAUAAUGAUAAGAAGGAAAUAGAACUAAUGUAUGCAUAUCGUGAAGCAGUGGAUAUUGCAAAUCAUCGACUAUGUGAAUUAGAAAAAAGUAAGGUCGAGAUUUUGUGCGAUACACGUUUGACUAUAACAAAAAGUGAUGAAGUCGUUAAAGAUUCUUUGGCUGAAUUAUGGAAUCAUUUGUUCACUAGUCGAUUGGCAAUGAUAAAACAGUACGAAACAAUUGCAAACGCCUACCAGGACUAUGUACCAUGUAGUGAUUAUCGUGCAUUGGUUGAAGCACAUGUACAAAAGGCCACUGAAUUUGUUCCAGAAAAAUAUCAUUUUGAUGGAUUUCAUGAAUCAAAACUAGAUGCUGGUCGUAUAGCGAGUCGUUUAGGCAAAGAUUCUGGUGACUCGGUUGGAGACUCAUUCUCCCAUCGUAAUCUGCUUUCUCUUCAUUCGGACUCCGAUUCUGAUACAGAAACAGUGGAUGUGGUGUCUAAUGUGGUCGGUCGAAGCAGUACGAGUACUGGAGUGGGUGGCGGUAGUGGUGUUACUGGUGCCAGUAGUAGUGCUAGUAGCGGUGGAGUUGCAGGUGGUAUUGUUUCCACAAGUAGCAAUGUUUUAUCCACUAUAGUUGAAUUUGGAUCUAAUCUUUUCCGGCCAGAUUUGAAAAAAUCUAUUCGUGGCAAGCGUUCAGUUACAGCCGGUAGUAAUCUGGCAAGUGGAGGCACAAAUACAGCUGACUCACUUGAAGCAAUAGCUGCACAAGAAGCUAAUUUAGAAAGAGAAUAUAUAGCUGCAUGCUAUCCAGUGGCUAGAUGUAUUGCAGCAAUUGAAAAACAAGCUAAUGGUUUGGCAACUCAUGGAAUCUAUCGAGUGCCAGCAUCGAAAGCAAAGGUCUCCAAUUUAAUGGAUUUACUUCAGUCAAGUCAACCGAAUAGCAGUGAACAAAUUAAUAAAGAUAUUGAUGUACUAUGCCAAGAACAUCCAUUAACGUUAGCUAGCCUGGUGAAAACACAACUAAUCGCUUUACCAGAACCGCUACUCACCUACAACCUUUAUCCGAAUUUUGUUGAACUUGGUAAGGCAUUCGAUUUAGUUGAUUCAAAUGUAUCCGACGAACUAAUGAAGCGAUUACAAUUAUUAAUUAAUCAUUUAAGUCCAGGAAAUCGUCAGCUAGCUGGAUUGAUUUUUCACCAUUUACAUAGGGUUGCUGAAUGCCAAACUGAAAAUCAAAUGGGUGCCGCUAAUUUGGGUACAAUGUUUGCUCCAACUGUUCUACGUCAAAGGCCUAAAUUCCAAGUUGCUAAUAUGAUGGAGUUCAUGGACAAUAAAGGACAAACAAAAGUUGUUGAACUACUUAUCGAUCGUGUUUUCCAUGUAUUUGGCUCACCCGAACAAUAUGAUCCCAUAAAAUUGAUCAUAUCUCAUAUAACGUCGGAUUCUGAAAAAGCCGUAAUUGCUGAUUAUAAUCGAAUGCAAACAGCGCGUGGUAGUAUAUCAUUAGCUGGGUGCGAACGCUCUAAGUCAACGUCUGGUACAGUUUCAGAUGAAUUAUCUGAAUUGGGAGGAAGUUUGAUAAAUAAAACUGAAUUAAAAACUACCACUAGUGCCUCUAUUCCUACGACAACCUCUAUUACUGGGACAUCCAGUGGUAAUAUUCCUUCGAAUAUUAACAAUAAGGGAAACGCAUCUACACAACCAUCAUCUGGCUUACUGAGGUCAGCCACUAUAUCUGUGUCAAGUCAUACUCGAGCAGCAGGAACUCUUCUUUCUGGAGCACUACCAUUAUAUACACCAUUUCGAUCAAAUCAGCCAUCUCCUAAAGAAACUGAAGAAAGUAGUAAUACUGUUAACACAAAUGUCACAACUACUUCAGUACAUACUGAAGAUAAAGUUAUCACUUCACGAAUAGACACCACACAUGGAAAACAGAAUCCUUCAGCAUCUGAAAAGUUAAUCAAUAUUAGAAGUAGUGUUCGACUACAAGAUUUGGCGAAAACAACUGGUGAUCCAAGUAGUAACGUUACGUCGCAUACUUCUAGUGUUGUGACUAGUGGUACUAGUGGUGGGAGUGAAUCGUCUUCUAUUGUACGCGGUAUUAAAAGGCUAUAUUCUACAGGCAAUCAACACUGCACAUCAUCAACAAUAUCCAUGACGUCGAAUGCAUCUUCAAAGCUAUUUUCUUCCUCUGAUAAACAGCACCCUUCAACUUUAAAGUCAACUGCAUCGAAUAGUUCUUCUUCAACCGCGGAUUCACACACAAACACCACUUUAUCAAGUUUGGUGAUAGGCCGCCGUAAACCUCUUGGAAGACUGCUGACUGUACACCAGUCUACAGAGGCUUCGUCUGAUACUGCACCCACUUCAAAUCCAUUAGAUUUAGACCAAUACAGCUUUAUUGACAAUGACCUAUCCGAUUCUCCAAACGGUUAA